AUGGCUUCAGGCUCAAAAGCUCUCGCCCUCAAGGCGGCCACCAUGGCUGCCAUUCUCGCCUUGCUGGCCCUGCCUUCUUCGGGCCGCUGUCCGUCUCUAGGGCCAGCACCACCACCACCACCAGCCCCCAUUGCACCACCACUACCAACUCUGGCUCCAGCUCCAGCUCGGGCUCCGGUUUCUGCACCGGCGGGGCCACCAAUAUUAUGCGGCGACUGCGGCUCGCACUGCAACUCGACGUGUGACGCGUCAGCUCACGAGAAAUGCAGGGAGUACUGCUACCAUCCCUACUGCAACCCCUGCAUGUCGGCCUACCUCCGGGAGCACUGCGACAUGGAGUGCUGCCGGCUCAGCAGCAGCUGCAGCUGCGGCCCGUGCGGACAGUCCGCCUUCUAUAGCUGCUACAGCUUCUGCAACGACCGGCUGUGCCAGCCCUGCCGGUACGGCACGGCCAGGUCGUGCAGGGAGAGCUGCAACACCAACUGCGCCAACACCUGCCACCAGGAAUAA